CCCAACCCAAACAAUAACACACGUUAAACGUAUUUUAACUUAAUCAAGACAUAUUAAAUAAUCAUAACAAAAAUGAAAAUUUACUUCAUAACUGCAUUAAUUCCACUUUUAUAUUUACAACAAGUGGAAUCUUUAAGUUGCUUUCAAUGCGAUUACUCAAAUUACAUGGAUUGUCACAAUAACAUAACUUGCUUACCAACUAUUCGAGAACAUGUAGCAUGUUACAAAUUCGUCGUAAAAGAUGGAGCGGGAAAUACGAAAUACACUAAAGGUUGUGGGAAAUAUGUCGAUGAUUUUUGGGAAACAUGCAGUUACUUUGAAGAACUGGCCAGGAUCCGGCAAGAAAACAUUGUUGGGUGUUUUAAUUGCGAAUAUGAUGGGUGUAAUUCGUCCGAGACGUUACAAUCAACCCCCACCUUAUUAAUUGGUGUAUUAAUCGUGUUAUUUCGUUACAAAUUAAGAUGAAUUUGUUAAAAAAAUAACUCCGUAAUCGUAAGGUGAUUUUAAUCCGUCCAUUUUAUUAAUUUUAAAUUAAAAAAAAUAUUUUUAUAUGAAUCUUAGUACUAAAUAAAGAACUUUAUUGGUGA